UUAAUAUCACUUUUUCUCUAUCUCUCUCUCAAGACGAGAAUUGCCAACACAUAGGUUACUCAAACAUUUUCCAGCUUAGACAUUUGCAACAGUCUCAUAAUGCUCCUCUUUUCUUAGUCGAAGCAAGUAAUCUACCUUCACAAGUUCCUCUUUUCUUAUUCAAGACCCUAGUCCCUAAAGUGCCAAAGCCCAAACAAAAUCCCAAUUUUUUUCUUGCAAAAUCUAUAAUCUGAACCCACAAAUCAUCAAUAUGUAACUACCCUCUCCAAUACCAUCAGAUGGAAAUUUCGUCGCUUUGCUGACCUGGGUAAUCUAAAUUGGUCGCAAUUUAGCAUCUUUGUGAGUUUCAGACGUUCAGUUUGGAAUUUUUUUUAUGGGAAUUGAAGAAUGUUACAUAACUACAUAAGUGGGAGUGAAAUCAUCUCAAUCAACGGAUUUUGGGGACAAUGAACAUUUUCAAUGAUGGUUGUUCUUCCCUUUGGUAAUCAUGAUCGGCCAUGAACUAUGUCUUUCUUCAAUUUGUGUCCAUCAGCCUAUAGGAACAUGAUCUAGCUUAUCACAGUGGCAUAAGUUUGAGGCAGCGCACAGUUGGGAACUCCCAAAUUUGAAGGGGGACUCGUGAAACACCAUAUGUAGCAACUCCAAUAAAGAUCCAAUCCAUGCAGAUUAUCUAUCUGCCGAGCUAUGGUGCUCGCUAAUCUCUUCAUUCAUCACCAGCAAACCAUGGAUCAUAUCCAGCCAUUUUCCUCAGUUCACCAAAUCAAUUACUGGCUUCAAUAUGUAACUGAGGCGACCUAGCAGAAAGCCAUCUUUGAGCAUACAAUACCCCAAUCCUGAGAAUUCCAGCUAGAUUUUCUUCAACGAUAUCAUCCUACUGAUCCGUCUGCUAUACGAAUGGUAGCCUCUCACCAAGACCUCUUAGUCUGUUCUGAGUCUUUCGCCACAAAGUCUAUGAGCUCAGAUCAAUGCACACACUAAAUCUGGAAUCUGCUCAGCAAGCAAUGGUGGGCGCUUCCACCACUACCUGGAUGCCAUAGAGAAUGACACUUCCAUUGCUUCAUUGCUCCACCAAUCAUCAGCCAUCUAUCAAGCACUUUAGGAUGGUGCAAAUGGCUGACAUUCGUGAUAACCAAAAUCUUUUACUCUGAGUCAGACAAGUACAAAAAAAUUUUGUCUCUACCAUGGGCACAAGAAAGGCUGUUGAAGUUACCAAAGCGAUCAAUAUUUCAGGAAUGAAGAAAACAUUUAAACUUGGCUGGUGUAUGUUAUCUGAAUUCUGAUAUUGAUGUAUGAGUGGAGGUAUCUCUGUCUAUCUUUUCCUUUAAUUUCUUUUAGGUACUUAAGUAUAUCUCGGGCAUUACAAGCCUUGUUGAUUUUAUUUACUAAUAUUUCCAUCAAUACAAUAUUUACAUUGCACCAAAAGAAGUAUACAUUUAUAAAACAAAAGCUUUGUUUUAAUUCAUGCUCUAAUAUUUCAGUUACUCACAUUCCGUCUGUGUCUUCCCAUGAUUGUAUCACACUUUCUGAUAUCAACUUUGACCUUUAGUAUACUUGAUUCGUUAAUCAUGUAUUCAUAAUUCAUCAAAAAUAAAAUUAUUCGAAUUUAUAUUUUUGGAAAACACACAUUAAAACAAAUCGAAUAAGAUUUCACCUGAUAUAUGUCUCUCUUUUUUUUAAUUACCAAAUAACAGCUUUAUAACUUUGACUUGUGAUGCAGUAUCUGAAUUUGGUAUAGAGAAUAUACUGACAUUCAUGAUGAAUCAAAUGCUAGAUUUGAUGAAACAUAGGUGGCUAAACUUAGUGGCUAUUAAUUGUAAUGGGUCACGUAUAAGAAGUACGUAAUCUAAUUCGUCAAGAGUUUCAGUCAUUCAUUAAACAAAUAUUGUCAAUGUUGAGAGACAGACAACUCCAUAGCUCUGGAAGUGGUUCCCCUAUCAUGUAAUUAGUAUUUAAUUGCAUAGUUUAGCAAAUAAUUGUUGAUAGAUCUGGUUUAAUUAGUGUAACAUAUGGUUGUGCCAAGCAUGUAAAUGCAGAAGCAAGUCCCCUAAGGAGGUAAGCACGUCUAAACUGAAAAGAAACUAAUCAAUUUCAAGUCCAAUAAAUCACACUUAAAAAGAGCAGAAGAAAUGCAACAAUUAACAAAAACAAGUCAAAUCUUAUUGAUUACAUGGGUAAAUUAUACACAACCCAGCUUCCUCUUCUUGCAAAUUCAUCAACCAAUGCAUCUAUCAGCAUUAACAUCCUCUGUGAUAGUCUUUUGAUUGAGAUUUUUCAAAGGCUCCCUUGCAUCUCUGUUGUUCGAGCUAAAUCUGUUUGCAAACACUGGUUUUCUCUCCUCUCCAAUCCUUACUUCCUCCAAAGCUUCGUCAGCUACCAUGAGCAGCAUGUGUUGCCUUUCACCAUUGUCUAUGAAUUUCAUUUCUGGCAUCGGUACCUCAGCGAUCAUCUCCACCACAACCUCCAUAUAGUCUCUGAGCACAAGAAAUUCCAGUCCCGAGGAUUUCAUCUUGGUUUCCUCCCUUGCUUCCGGCCAUGGGAGUUGCACCCCAUAUGGGUAGUGGCCUCCUACAAAGACCUCUUGGUCUGUUGUGACCCAAAAAUGUCUCUACUGCAAGGUGUAUACUACAUCUGCAACCCAUUAACUGAACAGUGGCUUGCUCUUCCACCUUCUCUAGGUCAUCAUAGGGUAGCGGAUACAGCUACCGGCUUCAUUAUUACAGGGAAAAUUUUCAAGCUGGUGCAAGUCCCUGAACUAGAAUCACACCCGAGUAACAGUAGUCGAUUUGAGGUAAAUGUUUUCUGCUCUGAGGUGGGUGAAUGGAUAACAUUCGAGGUAACUUCUCUAAGAAAUUUCGCGAGGACUUGGCAAUUCAAGCCCAAUGCGAUUACCUUCAGGAACACCUUUCAUUGGCUGGUGAAUAGCACAAAUGUUGUUGUGUUUGAUCCGUUUGAUUUAAUGAGGGGAUCAUGUCGGGUGAUUGAUCUGCCUGAAGAGUUGAACUCUGACAUGGGAGUUUGUUUAGGAUCAUGUCAAGAUUAUCUCGCAGUUUGCCAAGUAACAGGAGGUUGCUUAAAUGGUGUUUUGGUAGUUUGGAAACUCCGAGAUUAUGUAACUGGAUAUUGGGACUUGGAAUGCAAUAUUAGUUUUACAGAAAUGACAUUUGUUGAGGAUUUAUGUUUAUGUAACUUUAGGUUUUCGGCAGUGGAGGUGCUGGCUUUCCAUCCAAGUGAAUAUGGGAUUCUGUACUUGAGAUUUGAUAAUCAGAUAGUGAUAUGUAAUGUGGAAAGAAGAACAUUAGAAAUGGUUAGUGAGUGCUUGUUAGACUCAAGUCUCUCUCUAGGAACAUCAGGUGUCUUCCCGCUUAUGCAUCCAUGUUGGCCGUCGUCGAUCCCUUCACUUCCCUCGACCUGAACCUGCAUUGCUAUUUUGCUGCUACCAUAAAUUUGUCCAGAAAACUUCGAAAAUUCGAUGUUUUUUUUUUGACAUCGAGGAAAAUUUUAUGUUGAUGGAGAGUAAGGUCUCAUGUAGUAGUUGAAAACUUGUGAAGAUAUUGAAUUUCUGUUUAGCUCUUUUGUUUUCUAUAUUUGCUGUCAUAUUUUUGAGUCGUAGUUGUAACGCUUAUGCAACUGAUUUUAUAGGACAUUGUUACAUCUACCCAUUGGGUAGAUUACCCCUUAGAAAUAGAGAAUUAAAAUAUAAUUAUUUC